CUGCCUGAUGAGCGAUCUCAGCUGCAGUACCACAGCAAAUGAAUGAAAGAUAGUAUUGUGUUAGUCAACAAUCGAUGGUCACGAGGAUUUCAGGAUUUGGUAACGCUAUAGCUCCAAAAUUUUCACAGUAUUCUUCUUCUUUCCGAAUUGGUAGUGACGAAGGACAUGGAAUCUGGUCAAUGGCUCCAACCAUCAAUCGCCCUGUUUCUCUCACUCUUAAUCGCAAUUCGAGCUUACAGAAGAAAAUCUCUCAGCCUUUCUGGAGCGAUUUCGGGUUUCGUCAUUAUGGCGAUUCACAUUUCCGUUGGAUACAGAUUUGGGGCUAUGCUGCUCGUGUUCUUUUUCACUUCGUCUAAGCUCACAAAGAUAGGAGAAGAUAAGAAGCGAAAAGUUGAUCCUGAAUUCAAAGAAGGUGGACAAAGGAAUUGGAUACAAGUUCUAUCCAAUAGUGGCGUUGCCACAGUUUUGGUCAUAAUUGUAUGGAAAUUGACAGAAGGACAGGAUAAAUGCUUAAAUUCUAAAGACUCAGCUCUGAUCACCUCUCUUAUUGGUGGCAUCAUUGGCCAUUAUUCCUGCUGCAACGGAGACACUUGGUCUUCCGAGCUUGGAAUUCUAAGUGAAGAUCAACCUCGUCUAAUCACAACCUUUAAGCCUGUUCGGAGAGGUACAAAUGGUGGUGUGACAAAAGCGGGACUUCUAGCAGCUGCAGCUGCAGGAAGCGUCAUUGGACUGUCGUUUGUUCUUCUGGGACUUCUAACAACCAGAUGUGAUUCUGAUGUGGCCCUUAAGCAACUACUGGUUAUACCUAUCUCCACCCUAGCAGGACUAGGUGGAAGUGUGAUUGACUCUCUGUUGGGGGCAACACUGCAAUUCAGUGGAUUCUGCACUGUUCGCAAUAAGAUUGUUGGAAAGCCAGGACCAACUGUUAAAAAGAUCUCUGGUCUCAGUAUUCUUGACAACAAUGCGGUGAACUUUGUCUCCAUACUGUUGACCUCAAUUUUAACUGCGAUUAUUUGUUUGCAUACCUUCUAAACUCAUUAGGACGUGCGAAUCGGCUUUGAUGGGCACCGAAGGGAGUUCAGAGUCUGAAAUUCUUAUUUGCUUAGUGUAAUUGUGCUAGUAGUCAAUCACAUCUAAGUUGUCUAACAAAUCCCAAAUGCAUGUGCUUCCCCGCUUUAAUUUUUUGUUAGCCCUCUUUUAAGUUUCAACCUAAGAUUGAUGGAAAGCAGAAACCUUCCACUUUAAAGGUUUUUUAGAUGUAAAAUUGUAGGCAAAUAUUUAUCUCAUCCUGAUGAGUUUGGCUGCUAAGAUUGAAUUACUCAUUACGCUCUCCCCGGUUUCUCUUGAAUCAAAUAAUGUAAUAUCCUUAUAAAUCUUUACUAUUUAUCCCCAUUUGUUUA